GGGAAAAAUUAUUUUAAUUUUCCUUACUGUUUGUAGAAAACCAGGCUACAAUCGUAUAAAAGGAUAAAAGAGUUGCCUAAAACUGAUUACGUCUCCUCACUCGUGAAUUUGUGAUAACUCCUAAGAUGAAACUGCUAUCCGUAGGAUUACUUUUAGCUGUGGCUUCCUGUUGCUUGGCUGAGCCCCAUUGCCACACGGUCGAGCUCAUGAAUUGCUUGGAUAUUGGCAUAAAUUGGCUGCACACACUGCCAAAGCGAUCAAUUCCAACAACGGACUCGGAUCUUGAUACUAUGUGCCAAGAGCUUGAUAAAGCUUUCAACUGUGCCUAUAAAUUCCGUGACACCUGUAUGACCCCGCUGCAGAAAGAAGUUAUAGCUCUGGUGGUGGAAGGAGUAAUCGGUCUGAAAGAAGAUUUCUGCAAGCCUGGAUCUGACCUUCGUGCAAAAUAUUUAACUCAUGCAUCUUGUCUGAAUAAAGUAUCACAGAGUGAUGACAUAAAAUCUCAAAUUGAGUACAUGUUAGCUAUUUUAGAGAUGUCUGAUAAAGUGCCAGUAAAAGACCAACUGACAUUCGAAUGCUGUGGCUAUGCAAAGGUUACCAAUGUUUUCAUGAAAAUGGGCACAGACACAUGUGGCAAAGAGGCAGUCGACACGGCUUCAGAGCUGAUUAGUUUAGCUGUUGCACAACUUCCAGAUGUAGUCUGCAACGGAUUUGACGGCGAGGCAGACGAAUGUAAAGCUCUAUUACCUCCAGACGGUGCAAAAUCAUCCGAAGACCUAAAGAAAACAGCACUUUAUCAGUUUUUGAGAAAUGUAUUGAAAAAUUGGUUGGUUGAUUAAGACUUAUCAUAAUUUGUUUGUAAAAAACUGAGCUCAUAUUUUGUUAGAAAUGAAAAAAGUCUGCAUUAUUGCUGUUGUUAAAUAAAAAGAUCUUAUUAA